ACUAUUUGAACGCUGCACAAAUUCGCGAUAUUCACACAUGCAUACUUUCAGUGUCUAGAAUAUAUUUAAGUAUAUAAAACUUAGAGCAAAAGUCAUUAAACACUUAAUUUACGCAGUUUUGUGUCUUUUACUAUUGGCAUAGACUACUCUUUAGUUUGUUUUUUCAGACGAAUAAAACUUAUGUCAGAGGUAUCAACUGGAACAGAAAGCCCCAGAAUGCUGGAAAAUGAGAAAAUCACGGAUGCCCAGAGUGGAGAAGCUGACCCCGCCAUAACUCCAAGCUCUGUGGCUUCUGCCAGUGCUAAAAAACACAAGAAGAAGAAGAAAAAGAAAGCAGGUGAGGGAAAAGACGAUCAGCAGAGAGAGACUAAAACAACAGAAGGGGAAACAGCCAAACAAGAAACCUCUGAACUUACUCCAGAUGAGCAGCUGAGUCGAGAGUUGGAUUGGUGCAUUGAACAGCUGGAGCUCGGCUUGAGAACUCAGAAAACAUCCAGUAAACAAAGAGAAGAAGCGAGCCGUGCUUUGAAGACACUGCGCAGCUCUAAAGCACCCCUGGUGAAGAAGAGGCAGGUGAUGAGAGCCGUCUCCGGAGAUUACAGGAAGAAGAUUGAAGAGGAGAAAAACAGACAGUUCAAACUCAUACAGUCAGCAAUGACUUCUGCCCGGGUCACCACAGUGUCUGAGUGCAAACCAGUGUUUCAUCGGCGAGCGGAGAGGAACACACAGCCCAAAAACAAAACAGAUGGAUCUCAGGAGAUGCAAAGUUCCCAGGAGACAAAUGAACACACAAAGACUGAAGACACAAAACCCUUUGUUUUCACCAAAACGCAUGAUGAGUUUUGUUUUAACUUUGACUUGUGACUGAACAGAAACAUCAGUCAGCAAUAUUCUGUCAUUAAAAUAUUUAUAAAGCCAUUUUUGCUGGUUCCUCUUUGCAUUUUACUGAUCAAAUAGAUUGAAUGCUGUUUAUUUACUUGGUUGUACUAAACGCGUUAUUGCCGAUGUAUUUGUGUAGUCAUGGUAACGUGUUUAAAAUGCUUAUAUUACAGCUUCUGUUUAACCAUUAAUUUACGUGCAGUUUAUUUAAGUAUGUGAUAAUCUUUCUUUUUAUUUUCAUACAGCUAAUUACGUGUUAACUUGUGCAGUUUAUCAACAAACGUGUUGCUGUUUGAUGUCG